CGAUGUACGUCUCAAGGUUUACCGGCAUCAUCAGAUGUUGGAGUUCUUGAAGAGAUGCUCUCCGCUUUGCAUCUUGAAGCUGAAGUAUAUCUGAGCCAUGGGAUUCAAUCGGCACUCGCCGCAACGCCCAAUCUCGUAGCACUAUACCGCGAGGAUCUCGAAGAUACCUUUGAGUACCUCUCAAUCAAAUCACUCGACGAUCCUAACUACCACUACCGGCUCUUCCGCGAACCGUCAGCCGUUUACGCGACUCAUGGUUUCGGGCUCUGUGAGCAUCCGUUCGAUUCAUACGCAUGCCUCGACGAGCUACUGAAGAUGCCGUACACCGAUAUCUUGACAGUUCUGUACACCCCUAAUGCACUUUGCGUCGGACAUAAGCCAACUGAGGUCCGCCUAUGAAUACACUCCAUUCCCAACAUCACCUACGUCGAUGGACAGCCUAGGCUCUGACGCUAGAUAUGAUAAUCCCAAUGAAUGGUAUUAUUGGCAAGGACGGAUCAUCAUGGCCAUUGCGGUGAAUCGGCCAAGGAGCAAACCUAACAAGAUCUUCUUAAUGGGUGAGAGUACGUAAGACCUGAUGUUCAGAAUCAUACUGGAAGACACGGUGGUGGGAGCGCUCGGGUACAAUCCCGAGGUGCAUCCGGGGCACAAGGUGUUUAGGGCGGUAAGAGGGGCGGUAGAGUUUGCACGACGGGAG